AUGUCUGGAAUUUUUGAUAAAUAUUUAAAUAUGAUCAAUGGAUCAAAACAUACACAUGGACAAAUGAAUACUAAAACUAAUGCUGGUUUACAAAGUUAUUAUAUGAAUUCAAAAGAACAUUCAUUACCUAAAAGAAGAGCAUCAUCAAUGAGUUCAAUGGAUGGUGAAGAAGAGAGAAGAUCAAGUUCAGUUUCUAGUCAAGGUGGAUUAGAUGGUGGUAAUAUGAAUAGUAGUAAUAAUCCAUUUCAAAAUCCUGGAUUGGUUGAGAAUGAACAAGUUAAAAAGGUUUUGAUGGAACCUAAUAACAGGGUUAAUUUUUGA